AUGAGAGAGAACCGAGUAGAAGAUGACGAGAAACCGGAAAAGUCACAAUCGGAUUCCAACAGCAACAGUAACUCAGAAACAGCCAGCACCUACUCAUACCGGGAACGACUCGAUGUUCUCGAACAUGCUUCUUCGAGAGCCAUCUCGCGGAUCGUCUCCGAAGUACGGGACGGGAUCGAAUCAAGACGAGACCUCGAUCUGGAGCAGGCGCAACCGGAAGACAAGACGUCCACUGUGAACGAUCCGAACCUCGUAACCUGGACCGGAGCAGAGGACCCCGAAAACCCCAAGAACUGGGCUAUCUCUAAGAAAUGGGGCGUCGUCUUCAUCGUCUCAAUGUUCACCUUCGUGUCGCCCGUGUCCUCGUCCAUGGUCGCGCCAGGCCUCACUGCCAUCGGCAAAGAAUUAGACAUCCCCGAGGCCUUCAUGCAAAACAUCGUCCUCUCAAUCUUCGUCCUAGCCUACGCCCUAGGCCCCCUGGCCUGGGGUCCCCUCUCCGAGAUCUACGGCCGCGUGCCCAUCCUGCAACUCACCAACCUCGGGUUCCUAGGCUUCACCCUCGGCUGCGGCUUCGCCAAGACCCGGGGGCAACUAAUAGCCUUCCGCUUCCUCUCCGGGCUCGGGGGCUCCGCAUCCCUCGCCAUCGGCGGCGGCGUCCUCGGAGACUUAUUCGUCGCCGAGCAGCGCGGGCGCGCGAUGUCGAUGUACAGUCUCGCGCCUCUCCUCGGCCCCGCCAUCGGCCCUAUCGCAGGCGCUUUCAUAACGCAGACCACGACGUGGCGGUGGGCGUUCUGGGCGACGAGUCUUGCCGACGCAGCGAUCCAGAUCGCGGGGUUGUUGUUUUUACGCGAGACGUAUGCGCCGGUGCUGCUGGAGCGGAAGAAGCGCGUGACAGCGCGGGAAAGCGGGGUUGUUGCCGCGACGCUGCGGACGCCGUUUGAUGAUGAUGCGCGGACGAGUCGGAGUGUCUGGAGUGCGUUGGCGACGGCGAUGACGCGGCCGUUUAGGUUGCUUGUUACGCAGGUGAUUGUGCAGUGUAUUGCGCUGUAUAUGAUGUAUGUGUACGGGCUGAUGUACCUCAUGCUCGCGUCUUUCCCGACGCUGUUUACAUCCCCUGCGCCUGCUGGGUAUGGGAUGAGUGUUGGGAUCGGGGGGUUGAACUAUAUUUCCCUAGGCCUGGGAUUCUUUCUUGGUGCGCAGAUCUGUGCGCCGUUGCAGGAUCGCAUAUACGUGUACCUCAAACAACGGUACGGACACGGACAGCCGGAGUACCGUGUUCCUAUGAUGGUGCCGGGAGCGGUGCUGAUUCCCACCGGAUUGCUGAUUUAUGGAUGGACGGCCGAGUACAGAACGCAUUGGAUCGGACCUAACAUCGGGGCCGUGUUGUUCGCCGCGGGUGCCAUAAUAUGUUUCCAGUGCCUACAAGGGUUUUUGGUGGAUUCGUAUCAACGGUACGCCGCGAGCGCCGUUGGAGCCGCCACAGUGCUACGGUCAUUGGCCGGAUUUGGGUUUCCGCUUUUUGCCCCGUCGAUGUACGACCGUCUUGGCUACGGAUGGGGUAACACGCUUAUGGCGCUCUUGGGCGUUGCAAUAGGCUGGCCCGGACCUUUCCUGUUGUGGAAAUACGGCGAGAAACUUAGGCUGAGGAGUCCGUUUGCUGCUGGCGAUUAG